CCACCUCCAUUCCUAACAAUAGCCAGAGAAAACCGGAGUCCGGGCUUUUGACUUUGCCAAAUAUGUGAGGAAUAUGUGGAGUCAACCACUAAAUCGUAGCAGCUUGAUCGCAAUCCGUCCCCGACCCUUCUUGUUAUCGAACUGUAUGUGCGCAUUCUUCGUCAUCUAUCCGAGGUUCCACACUUCAAUGAUUCCUCUACGAUGCCCAAGCUUUCGGGUUGGAAGAUUUCUCAUUCUCAUUCUCUCUACCGGUGCCGGCAGCAACUUUGCUGGAGGCAGUCGGUUGGAGUCUCCACAACUCGGACAUGAUGACAUUAUACACGAUGCUUAUGUGGACUCUGGAUUUUCAUAGCGGGCAUGGUGUGUCGGUCUAGUACUUGAGUGGAAAGGCCGACAUUGUACAUCUAAAGUUCACCUCAGAUUAUUUUGAACGAACGGAGGGGUAACGCAACUUUCAGCACGAAUCCCCAGCUCCCCGUGCAGCCUUGGAGACACUCGAGGUUCUCAAAAAGCUUCCCCUCUGAGGGAUGGGAUCGCCACGUUGACAGAACCCCUCCUCUCUGUUGGGUCGUACAUCUGCUUGGGGGUAAAACAGAAGAAGGUUGCCUGAGAGGGCGAGAUAAUUUCCAAUUUCUGAAUUCCCAUACAUCUCGAGAAACACAACGCGGACGAAAACACGAAAUGGGGUCCAUGGUGGAAUCUCUUCCAGGAUACUCAUUUCGAUUCCUCUAAAAAUUGUAUACCAACUCUUGGUGAAGCCCGGCAGGGGGGGUGACCUUCGAGGUGAAAAUUUCCACCUACUAUAUGUGUGGGUCCAUGGAUAAUUUCCACCUCCUAUAUAUGUGCGUCCAUGGAUAAUUCGAUGCCUCAAGCCAGUAAAAACAAAUCUGUUUGUAAAGCACCAAAUACUUUCAACUCAUAUCUUUUCAUUUCCUGUUAUGGGCUACGGAUGUGGUUUGGAACCCAGUAGGACGCUGUAGGAUUUCCUUUCCGUAAAUAGGAAAGGACGUGUAUGAUAGGCUUUGUUUUGAGUAAUCGGGGUUGACAGUAAAUGGCGAGUACCAUGCAAGCAGAGGAACGAGGGGGCUGGGAAAUCUUCUAAAGCACGAGGACGAGGUUAUGGCGAAGUGCGUGUGAGCACCUCAUUCGUCUAAAACGAGUCUCCCUUUACGUUUAUUUGGUGUCUACACCGAAUUCGUGUGGCCCAUGUCCUUUCAGGUGUGGGUCUUCAGUUCAAAUUCUGCACUGCAGUUCAUGGGUAAGUUUCAAAGGCUAAAAUUGAUUCUCAUUU